AUGGUUCCGCGGCGGGGCCGCUCCCUCCGCCCAGGCGCUCGUCUCGCUGGUGCGGCGGCGGUGAUGGCGGCGCUGGGGCUCCCCCCGGUCCCCGCGAUCUUCAGCACCAUGGAGGAGGGGCCGAGAGCUGGGGGGGCCACACCGGGGGAGGCAUGGCUGGAGGCCCACGGCCGGGCCCUGGGGCACUUUGUGGCUGGGACGUGGCUGAAGCCGCCGGGACGGGGGACGCUGGAGUGCCGGGAGGCUGCCACAGGGCGGCUGCUGGCGACGGUGCUGCAGGGGGAGGAGGCUGACCUGGCAGCAGCCGUGGAGGCGGCGGCGGCGGCGGCGGCGAAGUGGGGGCGGCUGGGGGGGCCCCAGAGGGCCCAGCACCUGCAGCGGCUGGCGGCGGCGCUGGAGCGGGGGGCAGCGGGGAUGGGGGCGGUGGCCGCUCUCUCGGGGGGGCGGCCGCUGUCCCAGGCCCUCGGGGCCGACCUGGAGCUGGGGCUGCGGCUGCUGCGGGUGCCGGCGGGGUGGGCCCAGCUCGGCCCCCCCGGCCUGGGUGGCUGGGCCCCCCUCGGGGUGGUGGCCAUCCUCAUGUCGGGUCCCUGCUCCCUGGCGGCGCUGCUGUGGAAGCUGGGACCUCUCCUGGCCAUGGGCAACGCGGCGCUGGUGCUGCCGCCGGCCGAGGCCCCGCUGGCGCCGCUGUUGGUGGCGGAGCUGAGUGGGGAGGGGGGGGCGCUGCCCCCUGGGCUGCUCAACGUGGUGACGGGGACCCCCCGCCUGCACCGUGCCCUCUGCGCCCACCCCCACAUCGCCGCUGUCACCUUCCUCGGUGCCCACCAGGAGGAGGUGCAGGAUGUGGCCUGGGGGUCCCCAUGCCGGGGACCGCGGCUGGGGGUGGCCCGGGGGGGCCGCGUCGUCGUCGUCGUCCUCGACUCAGCCGACCUGGACAGUGCGGCCACCGCUAUCGUGGAGAGCAUGGGGGCCCCCCCGCCGCUGUUCCCAUGGGGGGGCUGCGUGGUGCUGGCGCAGGAGGGGGUGGUGGCACCCCUGGGACGACGGCUCCGGGCCCGGCUGGGGGGUCUGCGGGUCGGGGACCCCUUGGACCCUGGCACUGAUGUGGGGCCGCUGCCCCCCACGGCCGCCUCCCCCAAGGGGGUGGUGCAGGCGGCGUGUGAGGAGGGGGCCGAGGUUUUCCAGCCACCGGUAACGCUGCCCCCCGGGGGGCGCUUCUACCCCCCCACCCUGAUCACGGGGGUGGCCCCCACCUCGCGCUGCCUCCGAGAGCCGGUGCCGGGACCGGUGCUGGUGCUGCUGCCCGUGCGCUCCCCGGGGGAGGCCGUCACCGUGGCCUCGGGGCUGCCCCACGUGGCCGCCGGCGCCGUCUGGGCCCAGGACGUGACCCUUGCCCUUGACGUGGCCGGCAGGCUGCCCCUGGGGCUGGUAUGGCUCAACGCGCUCAACCUGCUGGACCCGAUGGGGGGCUGCGCCGGGGGGGACGGGGACGGCGCCGGCCUGGAGGCGCUGCGAGAGUUCGGGUGUCCCCCCUGGGAGCCCCCCUGGGGGCCAGGGAACACCCCCGAGACCCUCCUGGACAAGGAGCUCAGCCCAGAGCCAGUCCCGGGGGGUCCUGUGGCGGCCCCCGACUCCGCUGACGUCGCCGCAGCCAUGGAGGCCGCCCGCCGUGUCGCCCUGGGGUGGGGGCGGCUGCCAGGGGCAGCGCGUGCCCGGGUUCUGCGGGGGGCGGCGGCGGCACUGGGGGGGGGCGGGGCCCUGGGGCCCCCCCAGAGGGACGGCGACGACGGCGACGACGGGCGGCUGCGGGCGGCGCUGCUGCGGUGGGCAGCGCAUGUGGAGCUGAUGGGUGGGGUCGUGCAGGAGGUGCCUGGUGGGCGGGCCCUGGUGACGCGCCGGCCGCUGGGGGUGGUGGGCGUGGCCUGGAGCGGGCCCCGCCCCCUUCGGCGCGCGCUGGAGCUCCUCCCCCCCGCGCUGGCGUUGGGCAACGGGCUCGUGGUGGUGGCGCCCCCCAGCGGCGUUGGCUCUGCACUGCGCCUGCGGCAGGCACUGGUGGCUGCGGGGCUCCCCGGGGGGGCUCUGGCAGUGCUGCCGGGGGGGGCCGGGGGCGCCGGCGUGUCGCUGGAGCGGCACCGGCCCGACGGGCUGUGGCUCUGCGGGGGGGGUGCGGACCCUGACUGGGCCUCGGCUGUGAGCGUCACCCACGUGUGGGUCCCGGGUCAGGUCCUGGGGGGGCCGGGGCAGGACCCCCCCCCCAGUGCUGAGCGGGAGCUGGAGCUGCGCUGCACCCGCCCCCACUGCCUCUGGGUGCCCGGAGGGGGGCCCUGAGCCCCUGGCCCCUGACCUCUGGUGACCCUGAUCUGUCACUCCCCCCCCAACAAACUGAGCCCUGGGCUGCGGCUCCGACCCCAAUAAACCCCCCUCCCGCCUG